AUGUCGCGUCCUUCUACCCAAGCGUUGCACGCGGAUGACCCGUUGAACCGGGUUACAGACGUUGCGCCUCCGCUUCAUCUGUCGACUACCUUCCGGUUCCCUAGUGAGCCAGAGAAUUUGAUUCCUUCUGUCGACCCGGUGGACGAAUUCGACGGCCACAACUAUGUCUACUCUCGCGAAUUCGCCCCCAACGCAACCCGCUUCGAGGCCAUCCUCUCUGCUCUCAUCGGUGGACAAGCCGUGAGCUAUACUACCGGUCUCGCAGCCCUUCACGCAGCCCUGGUACUGCUGAACCCCCGCCGUGUGUCUGUUGGCGAAGGGUACCACGGCAGCCAUGAAGUAAUCGCAGUCCUCUCCCGCCUCUCGGGGCUCCAGAAGCUGCCCUUGGAUUGCUCAGCUGAGAGCCUUGAGGCUGGCGAUGUCAUCCUCCUCGAAACACCCGUCAAUCCCCUAGGAACAGCAUUCAGCAUCGAGGAAUUCGCCCAAAAGGCACACUCCCGUGGCGCAUAUCUAAUUGUCGACAGCACAUUCGCCCCGCCAGGCCUACAAGACCCCUUCCUCUGGGGCGCAGAUAUUGUCCUCCACUCCGGAUCCAAGUACUUUGGCGGCCACAGCGAUCUCCUCGCCGGCGUCCUCGCAACCAAGCGCCAAGACUGGACGAAGCAGUUACUCGAAGACCGUCUGGCCCUAGGCAACGUCAUGGGCAACCUGGAGGCCUGGCUCGGCGCUCGUAGUCUGCGCACACUGGAAGUCCGUGUCCAGCGCGCCAGCCAAAAUGCUUCCCAUCUCAUCACCUGGCUGCAGAGUGCAUUAACAGCCACUGCCCCAACCGAUGAGCAAGAACUCAUCAAAUCCGUCCUCGGCAAAAUCCACCACGCCAGUCUACAAGAAGAGCCCUGGAUCAAGAAGCAGAUGCCCAAUGGCUUCGGGCCUGUUUUCGCUAUUAUCUUGACCAGUGAGGAGUAUGCGCGCGUGUUGCCUAGUAAGCUGAAAUUUUUCCAUCAUGCUACUAGUCUGGGUGGUGUGGAGUCGUUAAUUGAGUGGCGGGCGUUGUCGGAUUCGAGGGUUGACCGGAAAUUGUUGCGGAUUAGUGUAGGGUUGGAGAAUUGGGAGGAUUUGAAGGGAGAUCUUUUGCAGGCUUUUAGGGCUCUUGUUUGA